UACUUCAAACUUCGUUGAGUGUAGCCUUUACAAACAACAGGCUAAUCAAUUACUGCUAUGUUACUUCCUUUUCCGGUCAAAACUUCGCUGAGCAGAAGCAAUGAAGACUCGGCUGACAACACAGACGAUCAAAAUUCCUGAUGGAGUUGAAGCAAAGGUCAGGUCCCGUAAGGUUAUUGUGAAAGGAUCUCGUGGAACUCUGUCCCGUACAUUUAAGCAUUUGGCCGUCGACAUCACCAUGGAUGGCAAGAAGAAAAUUAAAGUUAUUAAGUGGUUUGGCAAGCGCAAGGAAUUGGCUGCAGUCAACACCGUUUGCAGCCACAUUAAGAACAUGUUCAAAGGAGUAACUAAGGGCUACUUGUACAAGAUGCGCUCUGUUUAUGCUCACUUUCCCAUCAACGUGGCUGUGGCUGAAGACAAGAAGUCAAUGGCGAUCCGCAACUUCUUAGGUGAGAAGUUCACACGUCACGUCAACAUGUUGGAUGGAGUCACCGUCAAUGUUGCUGCCGGCGCUAAGGACGAGUUCCAUGUGCAGGGAAAUGAUGUUGAACUUGUGUCAAGAUCAGCUGCCCUGAUUCAACAGUCCACCGCAGUGAAAAACAAGGAUAUCCGAAAGUUCUUGGAUGGCAUCUAUGUGUCAGACAAGACCACUGUGGUUCCAGACGACUAGACAUUUAGGUGAUCAUGUUUCAUGUCAUUGGAAAUAAAGAGAGAACUGAAGAGAGA